ACAUUUCUUUUCAUAAUGGCGGCGCGCAUGGGGAUGUCCUUUUGUCACGUUUUGCUUGUUGUGCGCGUUUGAAAAACGUGAAAAAUAGCCCGAUUUUUCGAGUCCUCGCUGCGCUGGCAUGCGGGCACGCCGCUGAGUUCAAAAUGACUUCGAUCGGCGAACCUUUCGUGCUCGCCACGGUGACGAACGAAGCCUUCCGCGGCGGCUCUUGCGUGCAGCCCGGACCGUCGGAGUCGUCUUCCGUGAUCGUGACCCACGGACAGCUGUCGGCGUCUUUAGUGGAACUGGAAGGGCGCCCCUUCAAGAUCAAGACGUGGCACACGUCCCACGCCGAACCUUUCACAUGUCCCGUAGUGUACGACGCGUUACGAGCCCGGUACGUGGCAGCUAGCCGCGAGAGCGUGCUAAUCCUACCGCCCCAAGAUGCCGCCUCGGGCGGCGCGGAGGCAACACGUGAGCGCAUCUCCGUUCCAGACCGAGUCUUCGCGGUCUUGCACCGAACUGGCGGUGAACCUCUGAUCGUGCUCGGCAGCGGUGUCUGCACGACCCUAACAGAACUUCAGGGGUCUCCGGGGAAACGUUUUCGUUCCAAUAAGUCGCGGAUAUGCGGCGAAGACGAGGAAUUGCUGAGCGUGCAAGCGGCCACGGAAGGCGGCCGCAACGGAUUGCCGACUUUGCUGCUGGUCGUGACCUCAAAAGCCUCCAGGCCUUACAGGUGCCGUCUGUUUCGCGUCGGAGACGCGGAAAUCGAACAGAUAUCGGAGACUUCGAUCCCUAAAAAAGACAGGCCCGCCGUUUGCCUGUUCAAUGGCGAUCUACUGAGCUUAGGUGAAGACGGCAUCCUGUCAGGUCGUAAGAUGCCGUUGUCCGGGCCCCACGAAGCGUUUCUCGCGGCUGUGGACGAUAGUAGAGUCCUCGUAGGCCUUCGAGACAAGGUUCUCGUGUGGAACGUCAGGUUUGGAACGAUGGAGGCGUCCAGGACUUUAGAAGGGCAGCAGGCGACGGCGGUCAAGCAGUGGGCGCUCGUCAGGAAGGACCUGGCGUGCUACGUUGUCCAAGGUGCCGUGGCCGGCAGCAAUAACGUGAUGUGCGUGUCGGUGAAGCUGGGACGCCCCACACUAUGUCAAGUAGUCGGGCUCGGAGCUAGAGCCGAAGUCGGUGGACUUCAAACGGCAGCGGAGGUCGCGUCGAAAGUCUGCGCGGGAGACCCCAACACCGUGGUCCAGGCGUUAGCACCGGUCGCCGACGCAUUGCCAGAACGAGACCUCGUCACGCUGGUGGGACGUCUGUUCCAAAACGGUGUCCCGCCCCCUGCCGGCUCGCCUGAAGUCACAGCCCUCCACAGUCUUCUGCGCUGCCCGCACACGUGUGACAUACUUGUUCAGUGCCUCCGCAACUACUUGCACUCUGAACAGGCUACGGCCUUGUUUGUCUAUCUGAUCGGCGUCCUCGAACAUUACUCCCUGGCUGAUCGGGACGAAAUCCCGCUUGAAAAAGUGAUCGACUGGCUGUCGUGCCUGUUGGACGCUCACUUCAAUCGCUGGGCCCUGGACACCGGGCCAAUUGCCGUCGGCGAUCUGCUGAGGAGACUGUCGACGGCGGUGUCGCACGUUCAGGAACUGUUCGGCGAUCUGUGUGAGCUGGAGCAGUGGUUGAUGCUCGUCCUCGGCAAAACGAACACGCUCAAAUUCGAGGACCCGAGCCUGUACACAAUAGAAAUCUUAGAGAUUUGAUCCAUCGGGAGUGAGACCUCCUCAAACGAGGGGGUGAGAGGAGAGUCAAUGUGCCAAUGAAUUUGGGCCCGGUCCAGUGCUGGAUGACCCAGACACGUGGACGUGCAAAGUGAGGCAAAAAAUAUAUAACCUCGGCCAGUUUCGAAGAAGCUGGCAGUCGGGAACGCUAACGUCGUCUUGGUGGCAGUCGCCCCCCCACUCGGGAUUCUGCAAGUGCCUUUCGGAGCUCUCAAAGACUGCUGUGAAAAUAAAGGUGCUUUCGAGGAUUUUGUAACACA